AUGCCUCUCCGCCUCGGCGACCACGUCUUCGUCGGCCAGGGCAGCGUCGUGCAGGCCGCGACCGUGGGCAGUCACGUCUACAUUGGCCACGGCGCCGUCAUUGGCGAGUUUGCCAUCAUCAAGGACUACGUCCGCGUCCUCGAGGGCAGCGUCGUGCCGCCCAACAUGGUCAUCCCGAGCUUCAGCAUCGUCGGCGGCCAGCCCGCGCGUGUCAUCGGCGAGGUGCCCGAGGGGGGGCACGAUGCCUUUGAGCUGGAAGCUCUACAAGACGGUGCUCAUGUGCCGUCGGGAUGA